UCGGCCAUGGAGGCGGGGCGGGGGGCACCGGGCGGCGCCCGCACCCGCACCCGCACCCGCACCCGCACCCGCACCCGCACCCGCUCCGGGACCGGCACCGGCACCGGCACCGAUGCACGGCACAGAGGAGGUGGCGGCGGGGAGGCCGCGGGUGAGCGCGGCCAGCACGCAGACCGACAGCAUGGCAGGUCAAAUGCCAAGACUUUCUAAGGUCAAUCUUUUUACUUUGUUCAGUCUCUGGAUGGAGCUCUUUCCCUCAGCUGAGCAACAGAAAAAAUCGCAGGUAAAGAAGAGUGGUCUAGUUGUGGUGAAAAACAUGAAGAUUAUCGGUCUUCAUUGUUCCAGUACAGACCUGCAUGCUGGCCAGAUUGCACUCAUUAAACACGGAUCAAGACUUAAAAACUGUGAUCUUUAUUUUUCCAGAAAACCAUGUUCAACUUGUUUAAAAAUGAUUGUAAAUGCUGGGGUGAACAGGAUUUCUUACUGGCCUGCAGAUCCUGAAAUCAGCUUGCAGACUGAGGCGUCCAAUCCUAUGACUACCGAUGAUGCAAAGCUAGAUGCCAAAGCAGUAGAAAGACUGAAGUCAAAUAGUCGUGCUCGUGUGUGUGUGUUGCUUCAGCCCUUGGUGUGCUAUAUGGUGCAAUUUGUUGAAGAAACUUCCACCAAGUUUGAUUUUAUUCAAAAAAUAGCAAAAUAUGAGCCUAACUCGAAUACUGACUUUUAUACUGCAUGUAGACAAGAAAGAAUAAAAGAGUAUGAAAAUUUAUUCCUAAUUUCAAAUGAGGAAAUGCACAAGCAAAUAUUGAUGACAAUAGGACUGGAGAACCUCUGUGAAAAUCCGUACUUCAGCAACCUUAGGCAAAAUAUGAAAGAUCUUGUCUUGGUCUUGGCGACAGUGGCUGCCAGUGUCCCUGUCUUUGGACGCUUUGGAUUUUGCAAUAGUGAAUCACAGCAAACAAAUGAAACAGACCAUCAGGGUUUGCCCCAAGAAAUUGCAAGGCACUGUAUGACACAAGCCAGACUACUUGAAUACCGGACAGAGGAUCAUAAAACGGGAGUUGGAGCUAUUAUUUGGGCAGAAGAAAAAUCAAGAAGCUGUGAUGGAACAGGAAAAAUGUAUUUUGUAGGCUGUGGUUACAAUGCCUUUCCUGUUGGAUCUGAAUAUGCUGAUUUUCCACACAUGGAUGAUAAACAAAAAGAUCGGGAAAUCAGAAAGUUCAGAUACAUUAUACAUGCGGAGCAGAACGCCUUGACGUUCAGGUGUCGGGAUAUAAAGCCAGAUGAGAGAAGCAUGAUAUUUGUGACGAAAUGCCCAUGUGAUGAAUGUGUCCCUUUGAUUAAAGGGGCUGGUAUCAAGCAGAUCUAUGCAGGAGAUGCUGAUGCUGGCAAAAAGAAAGCAGACAUAUCCUAUAUGAAGUUUGGUGAACUUGAGGGUGUAAGCAAAUUUACAUGGCAACCAUUGCAAAAUAAUGCCCUUGAACUCCAUGACCCCACAGCCAGGGAAAAUGGGGCUCAGAAAACAAAAUCACUAGACGACCAGCAGCACCAAACCAAGAAACUGUGUCUUGGUCACUAUUGAGUAAUUAAGCACUUCUGCAGUCUUGCUCUGUACUUUUUAUAAUGCAGCCUGUUUGCACUUUCAAAUAAGGAAGAGUUCUAUUUAUUGUUUGGAAAGUUAUUUUUAGAAUAAGUUUAUUUAUGAUGUCUUAAAUGUUUUACAGAAUUACCUGAAGGUCUUUUUAAUUUAGAAGUUCCUGGGGAAAAAAUGCUGCUUGUAUUUUCUGUGAAAGUAACUGGGUAGCUAAUCAUUGUUAACACAUUUUUAAAAAUACUGAAAAUUUAUUGCUGGUAGAUCAGAGUAAUAAUAAAACAGUAUCUUUUUUGCCUGGUGUAUGGAUUGAGGGAAUGGUUUUCUAAGUUCUGGGCUAGUAGAAUGCAGAAAUAAGCCCUAGUUCUUCAAGUACAGUCAUCAAGGGAAUCUUCUAGCAAAUGGUAGACAAAUAAUCACUAGCAGUUAUUCCUGUUCCUGAAAGUGGCUUUUGCUUCUCAGUCUGCUUUUAUAAAGGAGACAAAGCCAUUGGGAUGGUGUUCGCUGCUAGGUAAGUGAUUUGGAGAUCAAGCUUGUCUCUCAUACGUACCCUUUUCCAACUACCACAGCAGCAGAGCUACUUUGUCUUGUGGUACUUGCAUUGCUGCUCGGUGUGGUUCCUCAAGUGCGUCCCAGCCGAAUUGAUGUAGACAAAGAUAAGCUUUGCUUUCCUCUGCUUCUGGAUGCAGGCCUAAAAAGAUACAGGCUGUGUGCAUCUCACUGGCCCCUACACACUAUGUGAAGAUUGCUAGAGUUUAGGUUUUGUUUCUUAGCUAGGAUGGAAGCAGUGGAACAUCCCGAAUCUUUUCAAGUGCCAGUCUCUUGGGAGACUACACACGGAGGAGCGAGGGUGACUUUAAAACAGCCAGUGAAACUGCAGCCAAAUGUUGUUGCUAGUUUUGAGGGGGCGCUCACUCCCUACUUUUGAGUACUUGAUUACUACCUUUUGAGGUAGGUAAUGGGCAACCAGAACAGAGAGCUGUACCCAGCAUCUUUUGAGAGGUCAUUCUCCUUACUCUCAUCUGUUUGCUGCUUUGAAUAUGACCUCUAGCUGGCUGUUUGGGCAGAGUCCCAAGACUUUCUGUUCACUCCUCUUGCUCAGCUCUCAAGUGCAAACACCUUAAACCUUUUACUGCUGCUGCUGGUAGGAUAUAUAAAUGGCCUUCUGCCAGUUCUUUCAUGCAUCUUGUCUUUGCUGCCGUCCUUAAAGUCCAGGAAGGGGAAUCAUGUCUUAGGAUGCUGCUGUAGGUUCUGUUUGUUUCUUUUAGGCUUUGGAAAGGUUGGAACUAGAGAGCAAAGCUGUGACUGGAUAGCGUGCAAAGCAUCCUAACAUGGCAUUAAUUAUAUGGAGUCUGUUCUCACACAGUUUGGCUACUGGUCCUAUAACUUAAGGUACAGUUCUUGGUGCUAUGACUUAAGGUUCGGUUCUUGAUGUUUGGAGCUGCAGCAAGGAGCUGUGAUUCCCCAUGGCUCACAGUAUAACUUUAUUCUUGAGCACUGGGACUUCAGAACUGGGGAAUGCUUAUAUACCCUCUUACCACCAUGAGAAUUCACUCUCACUGGAGCUGGAGAAGCUGCUGUUUCUCUGAGCCUCGUUAGACUGAAGACUACUCGAGGGCUGCUGGUUGAGUGCAGUGCAUGCAGAGUUAGCAGCAGCAAUCUCAUCAGGCAGCUGUCUGACCUCCUGCACCACUGCUCUCUUGCUAAGCAGGGGGCAUACAGCUUCAUUGCCCAGGAUCAGGUAGUGAAUGAAGGAGACAAAUCUGACGCUGUCAGCUAAGGGAAGGAUGCUGAAAUCCGUUUUUGCAUCACACCACAAAAAGAGUGCUUUUCCACAGUAGGUCAGGUGGACAGAGGUGAACUGCCACCUCACCAGGUCUUGUAAUCUCACGUGGAGGAACCUGGAUCCUGAACUGAGGACCAGCAGAUCCAGCUGUGAGAGCUGUAUGCCUUUGCCUGUCAGAUUCAGAGGCCGGGGCCUGGGAAUUAGGUUAUUGGUCUGGUUGCUGUACAAACCUCAGAAAGGCAGUUUUUUCCUCUCAUCAAGGAUUAUAGAAUUUCAUUGUUUGUAACUUCCAUAUGAGGUUAAAGUCAAAUGUUGGUGUUCUAUAAGCAAGGUUAUAAUCUGGUUUUAAAACAUAAAUAUCUGACUUAGGCAUAUUUCCCCUCCGACUCCUUCUUGCAAGCAUCUUGUGUUAGGAUAAUUACUCUUGGUUUUUUCUACACAUCGGAACACUGUCCAGAUUAGAGUAAAAAGUCCACCCUGCUCACUGAAACCUCCUUGUUUCCAUAAUCCAUUAGCAAUGCUCUUUUACUUGAAGUAGAAGCAGAGAAAAAAUAACAGGCAGGUUUAAGGCCCCUUCAAGUUUUAUACUGAUCAGUCAGCUGAUAUCAAAAUUGGUAAACAAGUCUGUGUCUUUAUAGGAACAGCUGAAAUUGAAAAGUCCCUGAAACAUCAUAGGUGGCCUGGGUACAUGGAGCGGUAAAUCAAGAUACAAGUCAAAUAUCACGCACAUUAAAUAACUGCACUGCAGUGAAUGCUGCUGGUAACCUGUACUUCAUGAGGAGUUAAAAUUUGAUCUGUACUUUUAAUGGUUUUUGAAACGACAAUUUUUGUGUGAAACUUGGACUUGCUGAAGGCUUGGAAGUCUGGCUUUUUCUCUAUCUUGCUGUAUUUCUACAGCUUCCUCCAGUGGCUUACAAAUUUCUGUAGGCUCUGAUUAUCAGUGUAACUCUACUUCUUUUAAUUCUGCUGGGAUUAGAAAGAAGGGUCUUCAUCCUGGACAAUAAAAAGAAUGUGAAUGGGGUUUCUCAACCCACGGACUCUGUAGGCGCUGCUCUGCAUGUCAUCUGCUUACCAGGGAGAGCCAAAGAAGAUUGGACAUCUCCUCCGGUGCUUAUUUCGCAAAUGAACUCUAGGAUGUUUGUUUCUUACAUAAAAAGAACAAUGUAUUUAAAAUUAAGAAAUGUAAAAGUUAUAUAUUUUAUAUAUUGUGUGAAAUUUCCAUAUGCAUUUUUUGGCUCUCUUCCAUUCAUUUCAGAGCAAUCAUUUUAAUUGCAGGUAUUAACUAUCAGUAAUUAUUUGGCCUCUUGACUGAGAAUUAAAGAAAUUCUCUGUUAGUUGUCUGCCUUACAGCAAAAAAACCCCAUGUUUUCUGCUAAUAAAUUAAUCCAA